AUGCCAGAAUUAAGAAAAGCCCUGUCGAGGCCAGCCGUCGACGCAAGGGAGCUGGCUUUGUCCUCUGUCCUCUGGUUCGGCAGCCUCAAACGAAACUUGCGUCCAACACCCUGCCAGGCUGCCACCAAACCGGCCUUGUCAAUCGAUUUUUCUCUCUCCGUUAUACCACGUCGAAAGAUGGCCGAAUAUUCCGCCGACGACGAGAUAGCUGCCUUCUUCAAGAAGACGACAGCGACGCGAUCCCAGUGCGAGACGAAAGCCCGCCAACUCACAGGAAGCAACAAGAUCGAGCCAGUGGCCAUUCAAGGCGCCUGCAGCUACACAGUGUACGCAGGCGAGCGUUUAGAAUAUGUUGUGCAGUGCCGCCUGAGCUCCCUGGCUCUAAAAACCGAAUUGUCCGACCUAGCGACCGCUGUUUACGGCUCAUUCGUGCCUACAGUCUCUCUACACGGGGAGCUAGGCCAUGGCCAAGAUCAGGAGAGCGGCAAGGAGCCACUACUGGUGUACCUCAUGACACGAAUGCCUGGCAUCACUCAGCUAGAUUUCAUUUUGUCCCACGAUGUCGCCCAGUCCUCUCCCGAAUUUUUUCCCUCCCGGCAGUACUUUUUCGCCGACGUUGCCAGCUUCCUCGCACGAUCCUGGCUCACUCCGCAGAAUGUGUCUUCCGAAUACCGUGAUAAAUUAAAGGCAAGCUACCUUUCCGAUCUUCACGCACUUGAAGAGGGUCUCCCAGAAAGAUUCAAGCCUGCUAUCCAGACUUGUCUGCGUUCUCUGGACGACAUCAUGGCCCUGCCGAUGGUGCUCCUCCACAAGGAUUUUGGCUCCUCCAAUGUGCUGGUAGAAAAGGAUUCAUGUCACUUGACAGGUGUGAUCGAUUGGGCCGAGGCUUCCAUUGGCCCCUUUGGAACAAACCUUCAUUCGAUUCAAUCAUUUGCCGGCUCUAUGCAUUUGCGCAAUGGCUGGACCAGAUUUCCGGAUUACGAGGCUUUUGAGCAGCGGUUCUGGUCAACAUUAGGUACGAAAGUCGGCGGUCUAUCCGAAGAGACGGUCAUUACAAUCAAGAAGGCAAGGGUCUUGGGCUUGUUAUUGUCGCACGGAUUCACCAGUCGACUCGCCAAUGAGGCCGCGCCUGCUCCUCUCAAGGACGACGAUCAUGGUCGCUACCACACCAUGUAUUUGGAUGGCUACCUUGUCAAUCCCAGUACAAAAAUGGAUGGAGCUCCCUGA